AUGUCACCGCGGAGGCUGGCGGCUGCGGCGACGGCGGCGGCCGACGGCAGAAUGUUGACGGCGUUAUGUGCGGCGUUGUGUUGGAGGGUGCUGCUCCAGCCUGUGCGAGCCCAGGUCGACGCCACGGCACUCGUACGGAUCCCAGUCGGGCUGAUACUGAGUCCCGAUUCGAGACAGAUGAACGCCAGCUUCCGAUACGGGCUGCGGAAUCUGGCGCCAUCUAGCAGUUGGCAGACGCACUGGAGGCUCGACGCUGUCACUGAAUUCACUGACACCGGAAACAGCUUCGACAUUGAGCGAGCAAUCUGUAGAGAGCUGGAGACGGGAAUUUUCGUGCUGAUAGGAGCGACUCAGACGUCGUCGUUUCCGACGAUGCAGUCGUACACAGACAGCUUCCAGCUGCCGAUGCUGACACCUGGAUCCCCGGCACAUCACAGCGUGGAAGAACAGGACCACUAUCAGGUUUACAUGCGACCAGACUACUCCACGGCUUUAUAUGACAUCAUACGAUACUAUGGAUGGGACUACGUGUACUAUCUGUACACCUGCGAUGAAGGUCUUCUCAAUUUGGAGCGACUGUUUAUUCUGAUGGGACCCCGAAGUAAUACACUCAACGUGGCCGCUCGCUUUCUCUCCCCGGACAACAGCACUGCGAGCCAGCUCUUGAAGUAUCUGAAUGACGCUGACGACAAGAUGGCGCUCAGGCGUAUCAUAAUAGAUUCGCGAUCGCUGGAAUCAACGCAGAGAGUGAUGGAUCUACUAGCUGAUGCCAACAUGACGACAAAAUACUACCACUACGUCAUAGCAUCAUUCGCCUCAGAAGAACUCAACCUCCAGAAAUUCGGCCACGAGGGCGCGAACGUGACCGGCCUGCGCAUCCUGGAGCGCUCAGGCCGCGCCUUGAGAGACUUCUACAACAAGGGCGACUGGGAAGGGGCUAGGCAGGAGUCCAGCGGCAGGGGCGGUGCCAGUCAGCACAAACUAAUGUACGAAGCAGCGUUGAUCUACGAUAGCCUGCGCGUCAUCCACGCGGCUUUCUCCCGCUUGUUGGAGGCGUCACCCACCGCCCUCAAACGACACCUCCGCCGCGGCGAGGUUUACAACAAUGGAUCCCGCGGCAUAGGCAACUGCGAUGCGGACAGGGUGGUUCCGUUUGAAGCAGGCAAUCGCAUUCUCUCCACAAUUAAGCAGGUGAGCCUGGAGAAUGGUUUGAGCGGGAACAUUGCUUUCGACGAACAUGGCAGAAGAGUGAACUACACAAUCUAUAUUUGGGAGUACACACUGAACAGAGAGAAGACGAAACAGCAAUUCAAAUUCAAAUGCGUGUGUGGAUAA